ACAACACUAUUAGUGUCACUGGGUGUUUACGGUAAAUCGAGUAUGAGUUAGUUCCACCAGAACCGAAAAAUAUGAUAGGCACGACCACCUAAUACCUUCAUGAUUUAUGACAACUCAAUGCUGUCCGGUAAGGCGAGUAGAGUUAGUUAACCUAGUAAAUAGCGUUCGAACGAGUCAACAUUAUCAGGAAAAUUAUAAAUAUUAAAUUGAAGUUAUAAAAAGUUAUGAGAAAAUAUCAUGUAUUUGUGGAAUAUCCGAAAUAAGAAAUUCAAUUAUUCUAAUCUACAACACAUUUAUUAAAGUUCCACAGAUUUGGCUUGGUCUAUAGUGCUACAGAAUGGCUCAAUCAUUAAAUGAAGUGCAUGAUGCUGUAAAUUACAGAACUCAGUGGACUGAUGCGAUGGUGAAAUUGCUGUUAACUGAAAUAAAUAAGCAUGUAGAAUCUUUUACGAGUCCAGUAAAUAAGCAAGUGUGGAAAAACAUUGCUGCAUCCAUGAAUACUCAUGGUUACAAUUUGUCGGCGGAAAAUUGUCACGUGAAAUGGAUUGGAAUGAAAAACAAAUAUAAAAAUAUAAAAGAUGCAAAUAAUAAAACAGGCGCAGCAAAAGAAACAUGGGAAUAUUAUAAUAUUAUUAACGACAUGUUAAUUAAAAAACCAGAAAUUGCACCGUUAUCUCUAGCAUCAAGUUCACGAGGUUUUCAACUGAAUAAUACUUUAAAUACAUCUGACAGUAUAAAUAUAGAGACAAAUUGUAAUAACUAUAAUGAAGAAAACGCAGAAAAUUUAUUACAUUUCGGAUCAACUAACUUAGCACAGAAGCGAAUAAGUAGAAAAAGAAAAUCCCAAAUACCAUCUUGGGUUGAACAAUUAAUUGAACAAAAACAACGACAUCAUGAAAACAAUUAUGCUCAGCGAGAGCGAUUUUUAUCCUUAUUAGAAAAAUCUUUAAAUACAUAAAGUUAUAUUAUAUAAAUAUUUCAGUUAUGUAGUUGAAAGUAUAAGAAGAUAUAUGAUAUUAAAAGUUUUAUUAUAUUGUUAUCAUAAUAUAAUAUAUUUUUUUGUUAUUAUGUCUAAAUGUUUCACUGGUUUUUGUUAC